GAUUCUAUAGUAAACCCACCCUCUCAGCCCUGCCGAGCCCUGUCGUGACCACAGGAGGGAACAUGACCCUCCAGUGUGGCUCACAGGAGGGAUUUCGCAGCUUCAUUCUGAUCAAGGAAGGAGAACACAAGCUCUCCUGGACCCGGGACUCUCAGCAAUCCUCCUACAGGCAGUUCCGGGCCCUGUUCCCUGUGGGCCCCGUGACCCCCAGCCACAGGUGGACGUUCAGAUGCUAUGGCUAUUACAGGAGCUUCCCACAGGUGUGGUCGAAACCCAGUGACCCCCUGGAGCUCCUGGUGUCAGGUGAGGAGCUUUCAUCCAACUCCUUUCAUUUUUUGAGACCCCAAAAAUGUCACUGUGAGCCCUGCUUCCAGGGGAGCCUGAG